CUUUCAAUCGUUUCGGUCGUCUAUCUAAGCUUGGCAAUAUUUUAUAUAAAAUGUCAUAAUCGAUUUCCAUUUCGAGCUGCACACAAAUAACCAUCCACUUAUAUAAUAACGAGCGGUGCAAGAAGUUAUUGGGCCCCUUCUGUCUGCACCACCAUAACUACGAAAACAGAGCGCCAACUAAGGGCCUUCUAAACAAAUGUUGAAGCGAUGACAACAGAGUCACGAUUCGGAAUGUGACUUAAGUGGUUACCAAAUCGUUUGACCAUAAAGCCGCUGCGAGGUGUGGUGGCUCCGCGACGAAAGUGAAGAAGUGCACGUGCAAUUUGGCCACUGGCCAAUUGAUUUGGCCAGGCUUAAACGGAAUUUGAGCUAUAAAUUAAUUGAGCUGUUCCAUUGUCACACAUUGAUAGCUGCGUCUUCGAGCAGUCAACAGCAACUGAGCACAAGGACAGCACCACCCGCACCACUCAUACAAAACACAAGCAAGAUGUGGCAGCUGAAAUUGUCUUUCAUUUUGGCCCUGGUUCUGGUCUGCAUUGAGGCCAAGCCAUCGCACCACUUUGAUCAUUUUGACCAUCAUUUGAGCCACUUCAACCACUUCGAUCAUGCACCACUGCAUGAACAUGUGCUGCCGGAACAUGUGGAUUAUGCAGCGCCGUUGCAGCUGCAGGAAACUUAUUUACCAGCUCCGGUACCAGCACCACUAGCACCUGCACCACUCUGGCCUGCAGCCGCCCCCGCACCUGCACCAGCCCCAGUUUGGCCCGCUCCAGCUCCAUUGGCGCCAGCACCAGUUUGGCCCGCUCCUGCCCCAUUGGCGCCAGCACCACUUUGGUCUGCACCACUUGCACCCGCACCCGCACCCGCACCUGUUUGGCCCGUUCCUGCACCUGCACCACUGCUGCCAGCUGCUGCUCCACUGCUGCCCGCGCCUGCACCACUGCUGCCAGCAGCCCACACGCAUCUGCUGCCAACCGCCGAGCUGCAUCUACCCACGGUGACCCAGGUGCUGCCACCUGUGCUUGAGGCGGUGCCAUUUAGUCACAGCUAUCGCGCCAUUCCUGGACCCAAGAAGACGACCCACCGCGUCUCCAUUGGCUACGCCUUUCCCAAGUUCGUGGCUGCACCACACGCCCAUCUGCGCGCUCUGCCACUGAAGCUGGCUCAUCAUCAUCAUCAUCAUUCACUAUUCUAAAUUAAGUUGGAUUGGG